AUGAGGCCCUGUAUUAAUGAUUUACAGGCAAAAGCUUAAAAGAGAGGGCAGCGGGAAUAAACUACCCCUGUGGGAUCUGCAGCCAUGUCUGGAAAACCGGUGUGCAUUGGUGAUUUUGAGGAGUAUGCCAAAACAUUCCUGCCCAAAUCCGUGUACGAUUAUUACCGAUCCGGAGCCGAUGACCAGCAAACACUUGCAGAUAAUGUGGCAGCGUUUUCCAGGUGGCGGCUGUACCCGCGGGUGCUGCGGGACGUGUCUGUGCUGGACGUGUCCAGCUGUGUCCUGGGCCAGCGUGUCUCCAUGCCCGUGUGCGUGGCUGCCACGGCGAUGCAGCGCAUGGCUCACCCCGACGGCGAGACCGCCACAGCCAGAGCCUGCCGGGCCGUGGGGACAGGGAUGAUGCUGAGCUCCUGGGCCACGUCUUCCAUCGAGGAGGUGGCGGCGGCGGCGGCGGGGGGCCUGCUGUGGCUGCAGCUGUACGUGUACAAGGACCGGCAGGUGACCGAGUCGCUGGUGAGGCGGGCGGAGCGCGCCGGCUACCGCGGCAUCUUCGUGACGGCCGACACGCCCUACCUGGGCCGGCGCGUGGCCGACGUGCGCAACAGGUUCCAGCUCCCACCGCACCUCAGAUUAAAAAACUUUUCCAGCAGCGACCUGGCGUUUUCCUCAGGGAAAGACUUUGGAGAGAACAGCGGGCUGGCCGUGUACGUGGCCGAGGCCAUCGAUCCCAGCGUCAACUGGGAGGACAUCAAGUGGCUUCGGGGGCUCACCUCGCUGCCCAUCGUGGUGAAAGGAAUCCUCAGGGCUGAUGAUGCUAAAGAAGCUCUGAAGAUUGGGGUAAAUGGUAUCCUGGUGUCAAAUCAUGGAGCACGACAGCUCGAUGGGGUCCCUGCCACUAUUGACGUGCUGCCUGAGAUCGUGGAGGCCGUGCAGGGGAAGGUGGAGGUGUUCCUGGACGGGGGGGUGAGGAAAGGCACGGACGUCCUCAAAGCACUUGCUCUGGGUGCCAGAGCCGUGUUCAUCGGGAGGCCUCUGCUCUGGGGACUGGCUUAUCAAGGUGAAGAAGGAGCCAAAGAAGUUCUGCAGAUGCUGAAGGAGGAGUUUCGCCUGGCAAUGGCGCUGACAGGAUGCCGGAGAGUAGAAGAAAUUGGCAGGACACUGAUCCGAAGACAUGAAGUGUUUUCCAAGAUUUAAGCCUGAAGACUUUGCCUCGUGUGUUGCCUGUUGUGCUUCCAGACAAAACCCACCCGUGUUCGCUCUGUGGGCCUCAUCCUGCAAUCCUGACCGAGAAGGCACGGCCCCUUAGGACAUCACUUGCUGAAGAAAAGACUCAAAGCAGAUUUUACAGGUGUUUCCAGAUGUUUUAGGCUCUUGAGGAAAGCUGCUGUACUGGGAGGUGUGAUUAGAGGUGGGAUUUGAUACAAGACGGGCACAGGGACUUUGAGGUGUUUUGCAACAAAUGCUGAUCUUGAUUUCCAUGCCUGGGAGUAACUCAGCUGUUAAAAUGAAGCUGUAAACAGGAAUGUUUUGAUAGCAAACAGAAAUGCUGAGAUUUAAAAUGCAAAAGAUACUUCUUGCUCGCUGUUUAGAGAAACUAGACUGGAGAUUGCAGAGAUUAAAUCUUGCUUUCUUGUGAA